AUGAAUUCACUUAGUCAGCGCAGAAAACCGUCAAUCCCGCAGAUCUUUCGACCGUCUCUUUUCUCUAAACAUGCUCAAGUCCCAGAAUAUUCGCCUUCUCCAUCUGAACUAACUUCAGGUUUUGAACUGAAAGCGAUUGGGAAUGUUUUCCGCACGAAAGAUAAAUACUUGUGUGGAGAUAUUCUCGAUAAUAGAUUCUUCCUAAUCGGAACGUCAUCGGGACUAGACUUUAUCGACCUGUCAUUACCAACGGAAAAGCAGACUGCAAAGAGAAUUAUCGAAGGUGCAAGAUUUAAGCAGAUUAAGAUUGUUAAAACUCGCAAGAAUGAUGGGUUCUUACUAGCCACAUGCGGUCGAAACUCACAUUUGAGAAGCUAUACUCUAUAUUCAUUAAAGGUCCUAAUCUUUGCACAGCUCGCUAAAGCCUCCGCUCCACCAUCCGCUCAUACACCCAAACAUUCAAAACGCUUUUCCAAUCCUUUCUCACAUUCGCGACCCAGCCAUUCAAAACGCGCUUCUCUCCAGCCGACGUCGCGCUGCAACCUUCCUCAAAACGAGAUUAAUACCCACGACUUGUAUCAUAAUGAAUAUCAUGCAUCUCAUGCAUUGACGGGGGAAGAGUACGACGGAGAAACUGUGAGCGUAAGGGUAACAAAAGGUGUGGAAAUUGUCGAGGAGAUAAUCAAUUUUGGAAAUGCAGGAAAAAUGUCAGUAUCAAUCGAUGUAAAGGCAACUACUACUAUCUCGUCCCACCACCAAUAUGGCGCGCAGUCAAACUCUCAUUCGAGACUAAACCGAGUCAGUAUCUCGGCAUUCCCGUUUGCUUCACGCCCAAAUCCAUCCUUUUCGUCUCCGCAACACGCGAAAAGAUCAACAGCAGAUUUUGUGAAAUUACCGCAUACAAAAUUAACCAUAUCGUUCGUCGUCAGCGUAGGUGUGGCACGAUCGUACGUGGCAGCAUUAGCAAAACAAAAUAUUUUCUUGUUCGAAAUGACUCACGACGAAAACAACGCAAAUAAACAGCAGUGGGUACACACGAGGACCUACUGGUUGCCUAGUACGCCAGACUAUUUGGAAUUGGCUGUGCAUGGAGAACAGUUGGCGGAUAUCGUCGCGGCAUUUGGAAACGAGAUUAUUCUGAUUGGAGUCGAGGACUCGAGAAUUAGAGAGGUCAGUGUUGCCAACGAGCUUAGAUCAAGCGAUGGCGAUGGCUAUGGCGAGUCGGAUGAUGCAGAAAAUUCAACACAGAUAUGGCGUACGUUUACCCAACUACCUUUCCUCCCCUCUGUGAAUCCCGAGAAUGUUUCCGAUCCCUUCACUAUCCCACCUUCGUACGCCCUCGCGUCCACAUCGCCACCAUCGUCCUUUCUACAUCCAACCACUGUCUUUGACGCAACCGACGCCAUUGAUCUAUUCUGUUCCGGACCACUGUUGUUUUUCGCCACGUUCGGAUCCAGAUCAAUGGUUGUCGACGCCAAAGGUCGUCCGUUCUCCACUAUUAUAUUCGAAUGGUCGUUUUCGCCACUGUCGGUCUGUUUCUUCCGAGGAGGCAUCGGAACCAACGACGCCUACGUCGUGGGUUUUGGAAAGGAUGUAAUAGAGAUCAGAAGUUUUCGCACGGGAUUGGUAAUUGAGAAUGUUGUCAGAGGUGUUGAGGUGACCUUUUUGGGAACAGGAAGAAGUGAAGAGAAUGAGGUUAUUUUGGCUUGUCGAUUCGAAAAGGGAAUAAAAGGCGUUGAUCUAUAUAGUUUGAAAGCACCUACUAAUGGGUGGUGA